AUGUCGGACAAUGACUGGUCCUUGUAUCCCGACGGUGCCAGCAAAGGCGCACCAAUCUUCUUUGCCAUACUCCUGACUGCGCUUGGGUCCUAUCAGAUCUACCAGUCUUUCUUCCGGUACAAAUGGAGAUACUUUGGGGGCACGAUAACGUGGGCCACGACCGUCUGGAUAUCCGGGUUCAUCUGCCGCAUCAUCUCGAUCUACCAUGAUCAAGAUAUUGGACUAUACAUCGCAGGCUAUGUGCUCAUCCUCAUGGGUCCGCCGCUCUAUGCCGCUUCCGAGUACUUCAUUCUCGGACGGCUUAUGGCAUACCUCCCCUACCACGCACCGAUGCAUCCAGGGCGUGUCCUCAGCACUUUCUUCUUGCUGAGUACAGUCGUCGAAGUUCUGACGGCCAACGGAGCAUCACGAUCUGCUGGCAAGAAUCGUACGAUCAGCCAACGACAGGUCGGUCUCGCUUUGCUCAAGGCGGCGCUGAUAGUGCAGUGCUUUAUCGAAGCCUUGUUCUUCUCGCUUGUCGUCACCAUGGAGCGCCGCUGUCGUAGAGCCAAGGCAUUCCCUCGCAAAGUCCGGGUGAUCUGCUAUGUCCUUUACUUGACGAGUUUUAUGAUGCUGGUGCGAUGCAUCGUGCGCACUAUCGGCGGGUUUGAAGACUCCAAGUGCGAUCCCGAGGAUCCGCUUUGUGGCUACAUUACCUUACAUGAAUGGGUCAUGUAUGUGUUCGAGAUUGCAAACAUUACCCUCUUUGUGAUCGUACUGGCCGUGUUCCACCCAGGCAGAUUUCUACCUCAAACUGACAAAAUCUAUCUCGAUCCCGUGAACAACGAGACUGAUCGAUUGGGGCCCGGCUUCAGCAAAGCUGACAAGCGCCCGAUUUGGGCCACUGUCCUCGACCCUUUCAAUCUGACCGGCAUACUGUCCGGCAAAGGUAUGGCCGUGCAGAAGUUCUGGGAGGAAGAGAAUGCAGUACACAACGGUCAGGAGUUACAGCCUUCAAAAGCGGGUGCGUCGACAGGAGAAACAGCUGUUGCCGGGUAG